CGAGCGGGAAGUUCACACAGCGGCUUCCGUAGAGCUGUAAAUUAGUAAAAUAUUUUCGCGUUUCUUCAUCAUAAAAAUAGUUUGGAAGAGCUUAAACAGGACCACAGCCAUGAGCACGGAGGAGAAAGAUGUCCCUGCAUCAUCCAGGUGCUUUGGACAGUGCACCUACACAGCUGAGGAGUAUCAGGCGGUUCAAAAAGCUCUGCAACAGAGGCUGGGACCCGAGUACAUUAGUACCAGAAUGGCUGGAGGAGGACAAAAGGUUUGUUACAUUGAAGGGCAUCGCGUCAUUAGCCUGGCCAAUGAGAUGUUUGGCUACAACGGAUGGUCUCACUCCAUCUCCCAGCAAAAUGUUGACUUUGUGGAUCUCAUCAAUGGGAAGUUUUACGUUGGAGUCAGUGCGUUUGUCAAAGUGCAGCUGAAGGACGGGUCUUAUCAUGAGGAUGUGGGGUACGGAGUAAGCGAGGGUCUGAAGUCCAAAGCUCUGUCUCUGGAAAAGGCGAGAAAGGAGGCUGUUACAGAUGGGAUGAAGAGAGCAUUGAAAUGUUUUGGAAAUGUUCUUGGAAACUGCAUCCUGGAUAAAGAGUACCUCCUUGCCAUUAACAAGAUUCCCAAACAGCCUCGACCUGAGCUGAACCCAGCACAGACUAAACGCUCUGAGGGCCAGCCGUCUAUAGAAAAAGCACGGUUCUGCAGUCUGGUCAGAGAUCAAAAUCCAACGAGUGUAGCAGAACCUGCCAGGAUACCCCUGGAACCCCGAGUCUUCAAUCAGAACCCCUCAGAGGUCCACGCCUCCAGUGCAGCUGGCUCUGCACCCAACAUAAAGAGUGAAAACAUCCACUCCAAAUCAACUGAGGACGCAGCGCCCGACCCAAACACAGACCCCAAGCAUCUGAGAAAGCUCCGGCAGCAGCAGCUGCAGGAGAAGUUCAGGAGGGAAAUGGAGGCCAAGAGGCUGCAGCAGCAACAGGAAGAAUCCAAGUCUGAGGAGGUGGAGGUUGCAAUCGGACGGAGAUCGUCCGCAGGUGAGGAGCUCAGAUCUGCGUUUGUGGACAACACAUCUGAAAACAAGUCAAGCAACAGGAACUCAUGCUUAGCAGAUGAUCCUGAGCUUUGGGAUUUCACCUUGGAUGGGAUGGAGGAGCUGGACGCCCCCACAGGAACCAGGCCCAGAACACCGGGGAACCAUCAAAUGCUGACGCGCAGUAAGACGCCUCAGAGAGCUUCAGAGCGAAGCCCUGAGGCGCCGUCCACCAGCAGAACGCACCCUCACUACAGACCCCAACACCACAGCAACCAACAGGGCAGACCUGGUGAAGCCCUCAGUCCAUAUCGACAAGGACAGCAGCUGAAGAAACGCAGGCUGGAUGCAUGAGUCUACUCUGCUUUUAAAUCACCGCACUUUGUUUAUAUAAUACAGUUUGAAUUUACUAGGUUUGCAAUUUUGUACAAAGUUCAAAUAAAAUGUGUUUAAAUCUUUCAAAUGAAUGAGGAGA